CUACGCAGAGGAGAACCGUUAACGCUGCACAGGAGGAGCGUGGUGUGACUUGGCUUCCUAUUGCAUUCACAAGGUCAAGCACAUGCUUCGGAAGCUUAGGACUUGCCUAUGGUGUUUUCUUAGAAAUGUUUUAAUUUAUGCUGUGUACGCGGAGUAUGAUGAGCAAAGUAGAAUCGAAUGCUAGAAACAAUUCUUUAGAUUGUGAUGAUUCAGAAGACAUACUGAAAUCGCUUCGCCAAGUUAACGAAGAUGAUACAUUAAGUCGAGUUUUGUGUUCGGAGCCGGUUACACGUGUUCUUGAAGGAGAGGACGAUUCGGGAUUUUCAGGCUCACCGAUAGACAGUAUGGUGAAAUUCAGCGAAGAGGUUACAUUGUGUGCUGCGUCUCAUGUGGGAGCCACUAUGGCAGAAUGUAUAUCAGAUGGUAUUGAGGCAAAUGAUAUUGGUAGUCUGCUGGAGCAGUUUUUGGAGUAUGAGAAAGCCAUCAGUCCUGCAAUGAGCCCUGCUAUGACCGCCUUUCCAACACCAAUGCAUUCACCAGGGGAAGAAACCAAAUUAAAUUUUGAUGCUGAUUUCAAAAUAAAAGAUCCUGUGAAAAGACUUCAAAUUUCAGCGCAAACAGAAACACCACCAUUGAGUCCCAUGGAAAAGCCAUUAAACUUGUGCGAAGAAGAAGAGGAAAUUCUAGGAUGUGACUUGGUUGUUUAUAGUCAUAUAACAAUCUCAACAACAAAUACUGAUGGCGAUGUUGCUGGUAUAAAGGUAGAUGAUGAGUUCAAAGAAACAGCAGAGAACAUGGAAACUGUUGAUGUUGAAAGCAUAAAAGACAAAGAAUGUGUGGUUGUCAACAGAGAUGGGGUUGUUGUUGUAGAAUACCACGAUGCUAAACCAAAAGACAAAACUUCAAAUACGGAAGUUCAAGACAAUGACAGCGAAACCAAAGAAAAUUUCCCACAGAGAAAACUGAAAUCUGUUAUUGAGCAGUGUUAUAGAAUUCCUAAAAUUCCUAGAGAUUCGAAAAUCAGAUCACGAUCGCGGUCUCCCUUGCGGCGUCACAUAAGUCGAUCACGUGACAGAUCAAGGUCACGUGGGUAUAGCUCAAGUUCGGAUGAAGAAUAUGAUAGACGAGACCGAUUUGAAAAAUAUAAGUCUGAGAGGCGAACUCCAAUGCGGAAAGAGGAUAGGAGAAAGAGGAGGAAAUAUAGUAGCUGCAGCGAUGAUGAAUAUGACUAUUAUAGAUAUUCGAAACGGGAUAGUGGAAGGAGUCAUAGCCCUGGAAGAGCACGAAAUGAACAUGAUUAUAAUAAACCCAGACGGUCUCAUAAAGAUUAUUAUCGAAGCACAUCUCUCCGUGAAAGGAGUGAAAGAGGCAGCUCGUCAGGUAGGCGUCAUCGAAAAGUAGAUGUUCGAAAUGACGAGGCUGAAGAUGUACAUGAGAGGCUAGCCACACUUGCUGCGCCUGUACCUUACGAUAUAGAGCAGGAAAGGAAGAUUGGCUUCUUGGUCCAUGAACGGAGAUCAAGUGGGCAUGAAAGACGAAAUGUCUACGCAGGCGGAAUUAAAGAGAACAUGACGAGAAGCGACCUCAUCAGAAGAUUUGAAGUCUUUGGUCCGAUAGAGAGAGUUACUUUGCAUUUCAGAGAAGAAGGGGACAACUAUGCAUUUAUUGUUUUCGAAGAUUCCAAAGAUGCUGUUCGAGCUGUAGAAGAGGGCAACAACGACCCUAAUUAUACCUCUCUCGACUUGUGUUUUGGUGGGAGGCGAAAAUUCGUCGGUGGCAGUUACGUUGAUUUCGAUGCCAAUAUUAGCUACCUCGAAGAGAACGACUUGUCUUGCACGCGGCCAGCCGCGCCUGCAUCCGAUCUCGAAUUUGAUGCUUUGCUGAAAAUGGCGAAGAGGCAGCAAUCAGUCAAGUGAUACUAGAAUCAAUGUUCUUCAGUAGAAAAAAACUAGAUUUGUACCAACCGAAUAAUGUUUUGCUUUUGAAUAUUAGCAAUGAGUGAUUCGAUGUAACAUUUUCCAAAUUCUGUUCUGCUGAAAAAUUUCCGAUAAAUCUGUUUCCAUAGAUGCCAACCCCAUCUCCCAGUUCCUCGAGUUAAAGCUUGUCUGUCGUGUUGAUAGUCUUCGGUUUGACUGCAUCCUUCAGCGCACACUACGUCUUUCAUGAUUAAAUUUUUGUAUAUAUGCAAUUAGUAAAAAUCACAUUUGAUGACGUAAUUAAGCUGUCGGUUUUACGAAGACUCAUCUCAAAGCGUUUAGCUUUUUUAUCCAUACGGUUCAUGUUUGUGAAAUUUCAUUUCAAACAAUUUGUUUACACGUUAGUUCGAUAUUCUAAUUGAUAGUAAUUUGAAUUUGCCGCUUGUGUAAAUUUGUUCACUUAGUAUCAAUUCAAUUGUGAAAGUAUGUGCUGAAAAAAUACGUCAAACUAUGCAUUCAGUUUCUUCCUGACCAGUCAACAAAUAGGAAUUAUUUUGUCUUUAAAACUGAUAAUUGAUAUCGUCUCACACGAAACUUCACAUCAGCCAUUUUUUAAAAACUGCAUCAAGAUUUUCACCAAAGUUUGUCUUGAUGUACUUCUGCGGCGCUUCAAUCAUGGCUAAAUCAUUUAAACAUCUUCAAACAAGCUGGACAGUAUUGUUAUGCUCUUUUUCCCAACUACACAUUACAAUACUGUUAAAUUUUAAUAUUGUUUUAUUUCCGAUAAGAAUCUAACCGUCCUAGUUUCAAUAAACUACUUUGCUUGCUGUAAAUUUUGUACGAGAGGAUAGAAAAAUACCAAGAAAUUUCACUGACAACAUAAAAUGACGCUACAAAUUUUCCCGAUUGAAAGGUUGGGACAGCUUUCUUCCAGCCUCCUCUAUAGCGCCUCUCUCAGAAAGCUGAGUAAGAAGUGUCCAUAACAAAAUAGUAACAGCGUCAAAAUGGCUUAUUUUCUAAUCUCUACAGGCUCAUUUUUGGUGGUGUCAUUUCGUGUGAUUCGUAUGUCGUGUUGCGAGUAUUUGUAAAUGAAAAUUUUGUAGUUUAACUUCGUAUCACUCUAUUGAAGAUUGUAACAAUUCGUUAGAAA